AACUAAGCAAAGCAACAUCCCUUUCCGAGUCAAAAAGUAUGGCGGCUCUAACCGGGAUGUCUGAAGUGUCCACAGUGAGCCGAAGUGAUGUCUCUGCGUAUCCCUCGGUGGCUCUGUCCGCGGAGGCCACCCCGUUCACCCCGCUCAGGAUGGACGGGUGGCAGCUCGGCUCGUCGUCGGACGCAGAGAAACAGUUCUCCCGCUGCGCCUCAAAGCUCAGAGGUCUGCGGGGAGACUCGGCACAACUCAGGGAGGAGCUCAACAUACUGUUUGACCAACUUCUCUCCGAAAACUACAACAAAACCUUCGACCCCACUAUCAACAUCCGACCAGAGGGUGUGUGCAGUCUGCUUAAGCACGCCAGCAGUCUUGUGCCGCUGAGUCAAGAACAUUUAGUCAUCAAAUUCUGCCAGCUCAUACAUCAUCUACUUAACCAGCUAAAGGUAAUAAUGGAUGAGCACACAUUGGAUAUAUUGGUGAAAUAUACAACCAGUGCGUUGAAAGUGUGCAGUACGUGGACACACUCAGAUGUUCUCCUUGCACUCUCCACUAUAGUGUAUGGUAAUGGACCUCAGUGCCACCAGCACCUCAGCAACUUGCUGCGUGAAGACGGAGUCCUGCUGCAGUAUAGUUCCCCGUCUCAGUCAAAUAUGGAGUUACGCCGUGUUGCUCUUAACUGCAUGGCCAACAUUUGUCUCAGGAUCCCCGGUCAGCCCCCUUUGGAUGACCAGUACAGAAGUGUAUAUUUUAGUGUCUUCCUGAAAACCCUGCAGUCACCCAAACCUCCGGACACUGAUGAACUUUUCUACUGCAUGGUGGUCCAGGCCGCGCUGAAAGGACUUCAGUGUUGUCUCUCAGGAGGAAAGUGGAAAUUUGGUGGAGGAGAGGACCUUGGGUCUGUACUGGCCUUGUUAAAGAGGCUCAUGUUCCAGGGAGCUCCAGGUGUGAGUGUGGAGUGGCCUGCUGUGCUUUACCCAGCAACUCUUCCUCAAUACGAGGGUCUCCCUGCGUCCAAAUCUGCAGAACCAGAAAAACCUGCUGAAAGACCAAAGGACACUGCUCUGCCAGGCAAAACGUCAGGGAAUAAAAAGAGAAAGUCCAGAGGAAAGGGAAAGAAAACGAGCGCAGAGGAUAGCCGAGGAGACGACGGCGAGGAAGACGAUAAAGUGUCGGCUCCUCAGAAAGGAGGAGGAGGAGGAGGAAGAGAGGGAGGCAGGGGAAAUGCGGAGUCCUUCUCAAAACCCUCCGCUUUGUCUCUGUACCCAUCCUGGAAGAAAAACAGUUCUGACUCCGAGUUUUCUGACCCAGAAGGCAAUGCGCAGUGCAAAUUAAGACUGUACCACGCUCGUGUGCGUCAGGGAGCUCUGCACUGUCUUCUAGCGGUGGUAAAAAGCAUCGAGAAAAGGACUCUGUACAGCUUCUGGUCCUCCUUCAUCCCAGACUCUCCUAUUGGAGGGCUGCCACCUCUCACUCUUCUCACAAUUAUUCUCAAAGACCUUUCACCAAAGGUGCGUGCGUGUGCGCUCCAGGUCUUGUCAGCAAUGUUGGAUGGCUCCCGUCAGUUCUUGGCUGUGGCUGAAGAUACCGCGUCUCCUCGUACGUCUUACACCCCUUUCUCCUUCUCGUUGGCCACUGCCGUCAGAGAACUGCACCGUGCUCUCAGUCUGGCGCUGCUGGCUGAAACGUCCCCACAAACACUCACACAGGUCAUAAAGUGUGUAGCCUACCUGGUGGCAAACGCGCCGUACCACCGCCUCAGACCUGGUCUGCUCAGCCCGCUCUGGAAGCAGAUGCGUCCUUAUGUGCGCCAUAGAGAUGCAAACGUCCGUGUGUCAGUCCUGACACUUUAUGGGGCUCUGGUGACAACUCAGGCUCCUCUCCCCGAGGUGCGGCUCCUUCUCCAACAGCCAGAGGGCAGCACCGGCUCUGGCUUGUUAACGCCGCAGGACUCCGCUCUCAGCUGGAGGCAAAGAGACGGCGUGUCCUCGCCCUCUCGCACACCAGGCCCACUCUCCCAGCGGGGUUCUUGCACACAUUCACCCCGGGCCACACGCACGCCGGUGGAGGAGGACAGUUCCCCGCCGUGGCUGCUGCAGCUGUGCGUGUCGCUGGUGACUCAGCCCAGAGAGGACCAAUCAGACAGCGAGGGAGCCGGAACAGGCGGUGUUUCUUUAGAGCCUUCCCCCGUCCGGCUUGAAGCUCUCCAGGUCAUGUCCCACCUAGUGAGGGGCUACUUCUCUUUAGUGCAGACAUGUCUCCAUGAUAUCGGGCAGGUGAGCGCUCGCUGCCUCAGGGAGUCAGACCCCUCCAUACAGCUGCAUGGAACAAAGUUACUGGAGGAGUUAGGGACCGGAAUAAUCCAGCAGUACAGAACAGAGAACAAAGUGCCCGAGAGUUCAAGAGUCCCCAUGAGCCAAGUGGUGCUGUUUUGGUCUGAGGUCCUGAGUGGCCCCCUGAACGCAGCGCUUCAGAAUGAACAACAUCCCACGCUGCAGACGAGCGCCUGCGAAACGCUCUCCUCCAUCCUGCCUCAGGCCUUCGCUCAGCUGCCUGACAAGACCCAGCUGAUGUGCAUCACCGUGCUUCUGGGACUGACCUACAGUGAGAACUAUCUGGUGAAGACGGCAGCUGUCAGGGCUUUGGGGGUCUACAUACUGUUCCCUUGUCUGAGAGAGGAUGUGAUGUUUGUGGCGGAUACAGCAAACACUAUCCUCGCUGCCCUUGAGGAUCGGUCUCCAAAUGUCCGGGCGAAGGCGGCUUGGUCUCUCGGCAACCUGACAGACACGCUUAUUGUUAACAUGGAAAGUGUAGGUGUGGACUUCCAGGAAGAGUUAUCAGACAUGCUGCUCCUCAAGAUGCUGCAGGCAGCCACCCGAGCAUCAGACGACAAAGACAGGGUGAAGUCCAACGCAGUGCGAGCUCUUGGGAAUCUGCUUCAUUUUCUGCGUCGGAGUCAGUUGACCCGGUCUGCGUUUCAGCGCCCGCUAGAAGACGCGGUCCGUUCUCUGGUUAAAACUGUGCAGUCAGAAGCCACGAUGAAGGUCAGAUGGAACGCCUGCUGUGCGUUAGGAAAUGCCUUCAGAAACCCCUCUCUGCCUCUUGACUCAGCCCCUUGGUCUCGUGAUGCAUUCUCUGCCCUCUGCAAUGUCGUCACCUCCUGUAAGAACUUCAAGGUGCGUAUCAAGUCCGCGGCCGCCCUAGCAGUUCCCUCCGAUCGCAGCUUCUAUGGAGACGUGAAGCGCUUCAGCUGUGUGUGGCGUUCCCUGGCCACAGCGCUGGAGAACAGCGAGGACACAAACGACUUCUUAGAGUACCGCUACAGCGCCAGCCUGCGACACACACUCUCCCACGCCCUCCUGCACCUGCUCGGCAUCAGCCAGCCGCUGGACAUGCCAGCGCUUGGGUCGUCGCUUUCUGGGAACGAGGGGAGGGGCAUCAGAGAACAUUUGAUGAAAUAUGUUAGAGCGGAGGAAGGAGGAGGAGCAGGAGGGGGCACAGAGGGAGGAGAGGGAGCACAGGGGGAGAAGGACACGGGGGAUAGUUUCACCCCUCAGCAGAGAAUCGGAGGUCUGCAGCAAACUCUGAUCAGACUGAAAGGGCUGGAGGCCGAAGGAGAGGAGGAGAGAGGAAGGGAGGAGGUGGUUGAUUUCCUCGAGGAUUUGUUAAAGACUUGUGAAGAACCUUAAAACCCAAAAAUAAAUGUUUUAAUGUGUGUUGCUUUGGCAAAUUGUCAUCUGUUUCACAAUGUUAACCUCUCCUUCUGAAGAUGGAAUGGUCUUUUUUGUUUUUUUUGGUUUAAGUGAUGGCAAAAUGUUAGAUUUGCACCAUGGGAAGGCCUCAUGUUCUCUUCAGGGCUUGACAGUCUAAGUUGCGGUGAAUCCAUGACAUAGCAGGUUCUGCAGAUACAUUUGGGUACCAAAAGAAGAAAGAAAGUGUAGUCUGGCAACCGAUUUUCAUCAAAACAAGACGUGUAAAAUGGUAAGUGAAGGGGCUUAUUGAGGGUUGUUCUAGUCUUCUGCCCUCUCAAAGCCCUUUUACACUAAAUUCAUCAAUUCAUACACACACCGAUGAUGGAGGAUGCUAUGUGAAGUGCCAAUCAGUAUUUACUUAUCACAUUGAUAUGCAUUCACACCCAAUGACACUUGGAUAUGCAGACUGCAGGAGAUGGGGAUCACACCGAAACCGUUCUACGGAUGAUGUGCUGACAGACUUUUCUGAGUCAUCUCAGACAGCUGCCAUGAGCCAAACUGGAGCAUUUACUUCAUCAAAAGGAUGAAGUAAAUCCUGUGGAUAAUUGUAAAGAGUGACCCAAUCAGGGUAAGGUGUUACCUUAUCAGUCCUUUGUAUGAUCUGUUUGUUACUUGCUGCUUUCCUGAGGUUGACCAUAGAUUUCAAAACACUAAGGUUAAAAAGUGUGAAAGUAACAUGAAAAAAUCUGUUACUUCCUCUCCCACCUCUUCCUCUCCACAAUACACUCAAUUCAUGAAAGUGAUGAAAUGAUCUGAUGGCUCAAAGAACAGGAAACGUGUAGAAAUCACAGUUGCCUUGCUGGAAAAAUACUCCUUAAUUUAUUUAUUUUUUUCUUUGUUGACAGUUUUAAGUUGCUAGAUUCUAUAUCAGAAAUAUAAUCAACUGAGAAAGUACGAGAUGAUGCUCAAACACGUCACUAUUAAGGAUUCUAUAACUAAGAGGCCAGAACCUCAACCUUUAUCAGCUGUAACGUUUAACUUAUGUACACAUUAAUGCUUUGGUUAUAAUUAUAAAUGUUAAUAUUCCAGUAACAUAAUGGCUUCUCCUGUAACAAUUUUCAUUCACUUUUACUAUAUUAUGAUGCUUUUACUUUUGUACUUCAGAGGUAUUUUGAAUGCAUAGCUUAACAAUGUGACAUCAUUUUUUACUUCAGUAAAUAAUCUGAAUACUUUCUUCUACACGUCUCAGUGGAUUUUGUUAUUUUCAGAUGAUAAAGUCUGUCUGUAUUCCAAUAAUUGUUUUUGUGUUGGUCUACGUCAGAUUUAACAAAAUAAAAAUGUUGCUUGGA